GUAAACACUGCACAGCGCAACAUGAACAACGGAAAGUUUUCCAUGAAGGAAGACGGAUUAAAGAGAAAUGUAACCAUAACGGUGAGAGAAGUAACAGCAGACGACAGUGGGACAUACUGGUGUGGAGCAGAAAGCACUGACACAAGACGCAGUAACACAUUCUUCCACAGAUGCUUGUUGACUGUAGUGUCUCCAACCACAUCGACACCCUCUAUUACUUCAUCAACAUCAGAUCAUCCUGUUGCUACAUUGUCGGUUGCUUCAACCCAAUCAACCGUUGCACCUGCUGAGAGUGGUGGUAGCUCUGUGUUAACUGUCACCAUUGUUGUGGUCAUCUGUGUCGUUGUGCUGGCGCUGUUGCUCAUUGUGCUUUUUUUCUACAAAGGACUGUGUUCACAAACCACAAGAAACGGAGAAGCAAAGAACAACAAAGAGGAUCGUACCUAUGAGGAGAUACAGGAGCUCCCAGAAGCCAGACUCAGGAACUGCACUUAAAACUAUUUAUGUCACUGCCAACUUUCCCACAAACCCCUCUUCUGCCCCACAUCAUCACUCCAACAUCAACUUUCAGAGCAGCUCUGGUGACGUUGGUGGUGACACAUAUUUUACUGUGAGGGACGGUGAUCAACAUCCCACCUACUCAACGGUCAACCACCCAUCCAGAUCUUCUGCAGACCCGUUCUAUUCUACUGUCAACUGAGGAAGGUCCUGGCAGUUUUCACCUCGUUCAUUUGUGAUGGGAUUUGUGUUUUAAUAUUCAAACAAUACACAGACUUUAGAAAUUACAUUACUCUGGGCCCUGAAGUAACAUGAAUGUGUCGGUCCUGGUUGAACUGGUCCAUAUUGAGGGUAAGGUUAGAUACAAUUACAGGAAUAUGAAAAUGUAAAGUUUGAGGACUCGUGGUUUUGAAUUAAAGACUAUUUGGAAAAAACAUGGAUUUAACCCUGAAACCAAAAAUGUUAACACUCUUGAUUUAUCUUAUAUUAUCACGAGUAAAGUCAGUUUAUUUACACAAAUUACAGUCGUGCCAUGUAUUUAUCUGUUUUAAUGGAUCCCUUUAAUCUCAAAUACUGAAUGCUACAAGAAUAUUGUAAAUCAAAUAUAAACAUUUUAGAUUAAAGUAAUAACCAGUCAGUACGUCAACAGUUUUUAAACAUUGA